UGUAACAGUCUAGCCACCUACAUCCUCUUGAACUACUUCACUGCAAGCAGAAAUGACGCUUUAGCAGCCUGAGGACUGUGGGCUGGCACAAAUCGACUCAAGCUUCAAGAGCGUGGAACCUGGUGCCACUUCGCAAAACGCUUGACAAAUUAACCUAGAGUUGGUAGACAUGCAGUCCCACGCAGCCUGCCUCUGGCUGCUCGGGCUGCUCGUCGUCAGCCAGGGUUGCGGUGCCUCCGCCGGCCUGGAGUCGGUAUGGAGAAUUUCGAGCACUCAGCUUGGCCGCAAGCUAACGCAGGCGACAGGUGCCACUAGUAUUGUGCCACUUCUGGUGGACCAGAGCCCUUGCGCGGCGCUGAACGCGGACGAUGCGGCACCUCUUUUGGCCGAGGACAACUCGACCCUGGGCUGGGCCACAAUCCAGCAGGGUGGUGCAUUCCUGAACGGCUCGGUAGUCCUGCAGGUGGACCUGACGGCCCACGUCUCUGGCAUGUAUUUGGCAGACUCUAGCAGCACUCAGGUGGACGCAUCAAAUGUGCGCGCAUGCAUCGUGACGGACAAGCCGGAUGCUUGCCCUGUCACACGGCAGCUGAUGUACCACUUCCCGCGGACGGCCGACUGCACGCGGCGGCGAGCCACGCUGGACUUCGCUAUUCCACCCAACAUCUUCAACUGCAGCUAUGCCACUCCGGAGGACUACGAGGCGACGUUCUACCUACAGCUGGAGGUGGACCUGAGCUUUGACACCUGCCUGCCCCCGGACGGCAAAUACUACGCCGGCAGCCGCCGCAAGGCCAUCAGCCCCGGCUGCUCCUACAUCACAGUCACCGCGCAGUGCACGCCCUCCACCUGCGAGCGCCCCACGCUGUCCGCCGAAGAGCUGGCGGCCCAGAGCGGCGGCGGCGGCAGCAGCAGCUCGCUAAUGCCUGUCAUCGUUGGCGUCAGCGUGGGCACGACCGUGCUGGUGCUGGCCAUCCUGGGCGGGGUGCUGUAUAUGCGGAAGCGGCAGCGCGAUGAGGCCAUGCGUCGCAAGCUGCAGCACAAGUACAGCAGUGGCAUGGAGGGCGGCGAGGACGAGCUGGUGGACACGGAGGACGAGGACCUCGACCCCGAGGACGACUACGAACUGGACUUCAGCGGCAAGAGCAACGCCACCGCCGCCUUCGGGGGCCUUGGCAGGAACUCCAUUUUCGCAGGCCGCUCCGUACUCUUCAGCCGCUCGCACCGCUCCACAGUCGGCGGUCGCAGCCUCACAGCGCUGGGUGGCGGCGGCGGAUACUACCAGGGUGGCAUGGGCGGCAGCAUGAUUGUGCCGCCCGGCGGCGGCUACGUCGGCGGCGGCUACAUGGGCGGUGGGUACGGCACCAGCAUCUACGCCUCCGCCACCGGCGCCGCCAUGAUGGGCAUGGGCGUUGCGCGUCGCGGCGGGAUGCAAUCCGAGAUCCAGCCCAGCUACAUGAUUGGAUCCGGCGGAUCCGUGGUGGGCGGUGAAUACCGCACCCCCGGGGCCCGCCGUUUCUCCACGAAGUACGAGCGGCGCGACACGGCCGGCCCCGGCCACAGCCAGCCUAUGUCGCCCGGCGGCGGGGCAUAUGGCCAGCCUAUGUCGCCCGGCGGGGGAGCAUACGGACUGCCUAUGUCGCCCGGCGGCGCGGGGUACGGCCAGCCUAUGUCGCCCGGCGGCGCGGCGUACGGCCAUGCGCCGUACGGCAGGAACAGCAUUGCCGCGUCGUACAGCCUCGCCUUCACGGGCCGCGACUCGGCCGCCAUCAGCCACCUGCAUCCACAGCCCGAGAUCGAGCUGCACGAGGACAACUACCAACUGGCGCGCAUGAGCACCAAGAUGAUGUCGGCCGGCGGCGCGGCUGGCAGCGGCUCCGCCGCCGGCAGCCCGGCUGGCAUGACCGCCGGCCGCAAGUCGCCCUCGCUGCCACGGCCAGCGGCGGCGGUGACGGGCCGCUCCGUGGCCCAAGUGGCUGCGGAGCUGGGCCUCGAGUCGCCGUCAGGCGCUGCCGGCCACAGCGUCACGUGGGGCGCGGGCGCCGCCGGCGCGCCGCCGCCGGCGCCAGUGCUGGCGGGCGCGGCUGCCGCUGCGGCGGCGGCGGCGCAUGGCGCCGGCGCUGACGUGUACGGCGCGUACGAGAACCCAGAGCUGGUCCCCGACAACGCCAGCGCCUUCAUCAACCCACUGGCCAUGAUGGCGGGCGAGAGCAGCAGCUCCGACGACGACGCGGCGGUGGCGCCGUCGGUGGCGGCGGCGCGCCGCGCCGCCGCCGCUGCCGCGGCGGUGCCGCGCGCCGCGACCGGCUACAAGUCCUGGACGCAGGAGGCCCGCAUGGCUAGCAAGCAGGAGCUGUCGCCCAGCAGCACCGCGGGCGGCAGCGGCAGCGCUGGCGGCGCGCCGUCUGGCGGCGGCGCGCCGAGCACCGUGGGCGCGGCGCAUGCGAGCAGCUCGUACUCACACUCGCAGGUCUGGGGCGGCAUGGGCGCCGGGGCGGCGGCCGCGCAGCAGCCGGCGCUGCCUGCGGCCAUGCUGCGCCGCCAGCAGGCGCAGCAGGCGGCGGUGGCGCAGCAGGGCGCAUACCAAUCAUACGGCGCCGCCACGACCGACGACGACACGGAGGAUGGGGAGGACCUGCUGCCGUCGGAGCGGCGGCGGCGCGGCGGCGGUGGCAGUACCACGUCAGCGCCGCUGGUGGCGCUGGCGGAGAGCGGCGCGGUUGGAGGCGGCACGCUGGUCAUUCCUGUGGCGUCGCAGCACCUCGAGGGCGAGGACGAGUAGGCAGGAGGGCGACGCAGCGUUGUGGGUGAAGCUGGUGUGAAGCUGGUGUGACAUUGUGGUACGAUGGUGACGGUGGCGUCGGGUUGCACCGGGUUGUGGCGGGUUGCGCUGUUGUUGUGAAUAAGCGGGUUGUUGCUGCGGGGGCUGCAGGGUCAUGGUUGCAGGCUUGGUGAUGGUCCCGUCUUGGGGCAUGUCUGGGUGCAGUUGCAGGUAUAGCAUGUGUGUUGCCGAUGCGUGCGCCAAUGGGCCUGUGUGUACCAAUACGUGGAGCAGCUUCGCAUGCAAAGGAGAUGAUAAGCAGGUUGUGGCGCGGCGGCUUUCGAGCAUUGCUAGCGCCCGGGGUUCAGACUGCGGGGGGGGGGAUUGAGUUAUCUUGAAUUAUCUUCAUUAAAGCUCGAUCGCGCUUGUGGAUGAUGGCUGCGAAAGCCAAGCGUCAAAUGCGUUGAAACCGAUAAUUGUUGUCACACAAUGUGCGAUUGCUGGCGCACCAAUGAGGCGCCGACAGUCGCUUUGCUUGGCCUCGUGUAGCAGUAAGCGCCGUGACCCAUGUGGGGUAUUGUUGUCACGUUUGCAUUUCCUCAGCCAGGUUGUGCGGCAGGGAAUUUGCGUCAAGCGCCGCUGCCCAGCGGGUCCCCGUACAGGGGCACUUCUGAAUCAUUAUCAUCAUCGUCAUCAUCACGUGUGCGUUGGAUUGCUGACAUGUUGCCUAGGUUGUGGAUUUCACGAGUACGGGUACGUGUUUGUGAAGCUUACUGAUCGCCAAUUGGACGCGUGACGGGCCGUGCCUGUACGAAUCGAACCCGGCUAUGUCCGGGAGAUGAGGUAGACGCUUGCAGCCUCAGACUUUCUUGUCAUUAGUGUGGGUACGUGUUGCCUGGUGCAAUUUCAGAGUACAAGGCCCUGGCUGUGAGGGUCGGUGAGGGCACAGGCCUAGGCAUUCCGCUGCCCGCGUUGCCAACGGUCUCCGUGUCACUGUACGUGAAUUUUACCGUAUGUCCGUAUGUAAUGGAGGCUUGGCUGGGUGCAAUUGAGGCUUCGCCGGGAUUAGGUUGGAGCAGGGGGUUGUAGUUGUGUGGAGCAGGGUAGAGCACGGCUGGCGGGUAGGGAUAGCUCCCCAACAGCCAAACUUAGCCGAAUGGGGUCAGGUAGCUCACGGUAAGGAAUGCUGACACGCCCCUACUGUAAAACUGAGGACAA